CUUUUGGGAGUCUGGAAAGCCGCUCUUGUUCAAAAACCCCCCUAGUGAAUUGGUUGGCAGGGUUCAGGGCCCAGAUUUCCUGUACGACGGCAAGAAUGAUGAAACACCUCAUCAACACCACAAGAACAACAACCAGUCACGCGAACAGAGCCGACGGCCUCGCGACCACGACCGAUCAAACAGAGGGCACAACCGCAGCCGAUCACCUAGGCCAAGAUAUGAAGCGUCACGGGACGAUCCCGAGAGGGUCCACAAUAACUACCUCCCCAAAUCCGGGUACAAAAAUUUGGACAGCACUCGCGAGAAUACAGACAAGGAGUUCUCAUACAAACGGGACAAAAGCCGACACAAUGACAAACGCAGCCACUCUAGGGGACGUGACCAGCACCGGCCCAAUAACCGAAACGGACAGCACCCCAACAAGUACUACAAAGGAUAUCAGAACACCCCCAAUCAAGGCAACAACCCGAGUGGCAAUGUCGAAGGAACCCGCCCAGGCGGUAGGGAUAAGAGCAACACACUGGCGGUUGAGUGA